AUGAAGGGCGAGAAACUGAAGGAUCCAACGCAAUGGAGGAAUUUCUCACGAAGCAAGAUUUAUGCACGGCAGAAGAGGGUAUGGAAUCUGAUCGACCCUCACACCGAAGAACGAUAUCUUGAAAGAACGAUUCGCAAGUCAAGAAGGCCUCAAUACCCCGAAGGAGGCAACGAUCCGGCAAAGCGAGAUUGGAGAGACCGUAUGGACAUCUAUAAGCUCGACCUAGCCGAAUGGGAACAACAACAGAGCAAGAGCCUAGGCCAUCAAUGA